GCUUGAGUUGCUCUAAACAUAGUUGAAGCAGCACUUCACUUCUCCCUUGCUUCCCAGAAGAAACUUUCCAUUAUAAUUUGUAAAUUAUAAUUGCCACAAUUCGCCUGCUGAAACUGUACAUUACACUCGCUGUUCCCAGUCUCUCUCUCUCGCAUAAGGACUUGAAAUGGAAACUGAAGAGAUAUUAGCAGAAGAGCUGCUAAACGUUGAGGUUGAAAUUCAAGGCGUCCAAGACCAAAUCAAGAUAUUGCUUGACCAACAGGAGAGGUUAUAUGAAAGGCAAUCUGAAUUGAAGGCUAUACUUGAAGCAUGUAAAGAAUCAGGUUAUCCUGUUAAUGGCGCUUCAACUACUGUGGAAGACUGGUCUGGGCCAUUUGAGUGGGAUUCUCAAGCUGAUGAUACUAGGUUCAAUAUAUUUGGCAUAUCUGCAUAUCGUGCAAAUCAGCGAGAGAUUAUCAAUGCUGUCAUGAGUGGAAAAGAUGUUCUAGUGAUUAUGGCUGCAGGUGGCGGCAAAAGCCUCUGUUACCAGCUUCCAGCAAUUCUUCGUGAUGGAGUUGCUCUUGUUGUUAGUCCUUUGCUUUCUUUGAUUCAGGACCAGGUGAUGGGUUUGGCAGCCUUAGGCAUUCCAGCUCAUAUGUUGACAUCAACUACUAGUAAGGAGGAGGAGAAGUUAAUAUACAAGGCCCUUGAAAAGGGGGAAGGAGAUUUGAAAAUAUUGUAUGUGACUCCAGAAAAGAUAUCAAAGAGUAAGAGGUUUAUGUCAAAACUUGAAAAGUGCCAUCAUGCUGGUCGUCUAUCUCUCAUUUCUAUUGAUGAGGCACAUUGCUGCAGCCAGUGGGGUCAUGAUUUUCGACCUGACUACAAAAGUCUUGGUAUCCUCAAGACUCAGUUUCCCAAUGUUCCUGUGAUUGCUUUGACUGCAACUGCUACCCAGAAAGUCCAAAGUGAUCUGAUGGAGAUGCUCCACAUUCCAAGAUGUGUAAAGUUUGUCAGCACAGUCAACAGACCAAAUCUCUUCUACAUGGUACGAGAGAAGUCUUCAGUUGGCAAGGUGGUGGUUGAUGAAAUCGCAGAAUUCAUCCGAGACUCUUAUUCACAUAAUGAUUCUGGCAUAGUUUAUUGCUUUUCUAGAAAGGAAUGUGAGCAGGUUGCAAAGGAGUUGCGAGAGAGAGGAAUAUCAGCUCUUCAUUAUCAUGCAGACAUGGAUGUAAAUGCUCGUGAAAAUGUUCAUAUGCGGUGGAGUAAUGGAAAACUACAAGUCAUCGUUGGCACGGUAGCAUUUGGCAUGGGAAUCAACAAACCAGAUGUCAGGUUUGUCAUCCAUCACAGCCUAAGUAAAUCAAUGGAAACAUACUACCAGGAAAGUGGCCGAGCUGGACGAGAUGGACUCCCUUCUCAAUGCCUACUUUACUUUAGACCUGGUGAUGUUCCUAGACAGAGUUCAAUGGUCUUCUAUGAAAAUUCCGGAUUGCAGAACCUUUAUGACAUAGUACGAUAUUGUCAGUCAAAAAGACAAUGUCGCCGUAGUUCGUUUUUCCGCCAUUUUGCUGAGCCAUUACAGGACUGCAAUGGGAUGUGCGACAACUGUGCAUUUUCAAAUGAGGUUAAAGAAGUGGAUGCCUCUCGUCAUGCGAAGCUUAUUAUUUCUUUGCUGCAAGAUACACAAGAAAAUGAUCAGAGAUUGACAGUGUUGCAAUUAGUUGAUAAAAUUAAAGCAAAGCACAAGGAACUAGGUUCUGAGCUGAAGAGGGAGGAAAUAGAGCAGCUUGUCAUAAAACUCAUAUUAGAUAGAACUUUGAAAGAAGAAUUUCAGCAUACAGCUUAUUCCACAAAUGCAUAUGUAACAAUAGGACCCUUGGCAAAGCAAGUAUUGCACGGGAAGUGCAGUGUUAAACUUGAAAUUUCUAGCGGACAAAAUAAAGUAGCUGGUAUAAAAUCAGUUAAACGCAGUUGUGCUUCCUCUGGUUUGGAAUUGAAGCUAGACGAGCUCAGAAAGGAACUCUCCUCAGUUCAUGGAGGAAUAUUCCCGCAUUCUGUUCUCUCGACUCAACAAAUCAAUAUGAUAAGUGCCCAGAAGCCAAAUUCUAUGGAACUGUUGGAGAAUAUAAUUGGAAAACUCAAGGCAGAGAAAUACGGAAGUAGAAUACUUGAGCAAGUGAAUACGUAUGCAAAUUCGACACAGCGGGAGGAUGCCAAAGAAGAUCAAGAUAUUGAAAAUAGAGCCUCAAAAAGGCUAAAGAGCAAAAAGCAUCUUGUUCUUGUUGAGAGCAGUGAUGAUGAAUCCUGACAGAAACAGUUCUCAUUCUUAUACGUCUUUUUUCUGUGUCUUCCCACAACAUAGCCCUUGUACUAAGGAUGGGGCUCAUACUUGAGUUCCGUGGCACCCUUGUCAAUUUUGUGGUGUAGAUGGAAAUAGGAAUCGAAAAUUAUAUUUCUUGCCAAUAUUGAGAACUGCUGAAAAGGUGUUCAUUUGUUCAAUCAAUGGCAAAAGGGUGAAGAAGUCAAUUUUCUCUUUUUUA